AUGUACACACCUUUACAGCAACCUUCCCUGUCCCACAGCCUUGACGAGCACAGCAUAUAUCCCGUAUUUGGCGCCAACACGGAUGUGGGAAAGACGGUCCUCACGACUGCUCUGUGCCGCGCUGCUGCGGCAUCUUCUCGCCGAGUGUAUUUUUUGAAGCCUCUAAGUACUGGACACGCUGCAGACGCUGAUGACGGGCAUAUCCUGAGGCAUGCUGGGCCAUUCUCUGAGCGCAUAGCGCGGAUUGCUUGUAUCGCUAUGGGGACCCACGAUGCCGAAUUCGUACGUAGUAUAUCUAAACACAUUCGGAAGCGCGCGGAGGAUAGGGCCGAGAGUGCUAUGUUCAUUGAGACUGCCGGAGGUGUCCACAGUCCGACGCUUCUUGGGACGCUUCAAGCCGAUGCAUACAGACCACUGCUUUUACCCACUGUCCUCAUUGCGGAUCCACGUCUAGGUGGUAUCUCGUCGACUAUCUCAGCAUAUGAAUCUAUGGUCAUGCGAGGAUAUAGCAUCGAUCUAGUCUUAUGUAUGCUCGAUCAACCGUGGUCAAAAGCUUACCUUAACCACGAGUUUUUAACACCAUGGUUCGCCGAGCGAGGUAUCCCUGUAUGCGCGCCCCCUCCCCCACCAGCCAAAUCUGAUAGUGAUCGAUCCAAUAUGGAAGCUUACUACUCCCAGAUAUCCGGAGGUUCGGGCGAAAUAUGGCGCGCUGAUCAAAUCCUGUCGGAAGCACACAAGAAACGAAUUGAUAAUCUUGAAAGCAUGCCCGAGAGGGCAACAAAAUCAUUCUGGUGGCCAUUUGUUCAACACGAUUUUAUCAAAAACCCUGAAAAGGAUAUUACUACUAUCGAUAGUGCAUAUGGGGACUCAUUUUCAGUCCAUUCUUCAAGCUCAACUGGCUCUCUGCUUAAGCCUCACUUGGAUGGCUCCGCGUCUUGGUGGACGCAAUCCUUUGGCCACUCUCACCACCGACUGGCCCUAGCGGCUGCCCAGGCUGCGGGUCGAUAUGGACACGUGAUAUUCCCUCUCGCAGUACAUCAGCCUGCACUUGACCUCGCUGAGCGACUCAUCAAAGGCCUCGGAGCAGGCUGGGCUGAUCGGGUCUUUUUCUCCGAUGACGGGAGCACGGCGGUCGAAGUAGCACUCAAGAUGGCGGUGCGGGCUGUGGCACUUAGACGUCAGAGAGGUUCCAAGAGCGAGCUGGGCGUCCUGGGCAUCAAGGGAAGCUAUCACGGUGAUACGAUUGGUGCUAUGGACGCGUGCGAAGGUGGGGUCUAUAAUGCCUCGGUUGAAUGGCAUCGGGAGAGGGGGUUCUGGUUUGACCCCCCAACCGUAGGCGUGCAUGAUGGCAUCGCUCAGGUCACGGUACCAAAUGACCUGGGUGCACAAAAGUACACAUUCAAGUCGAUUGCAGACAUAUACGAUAUCGACUCCCGGUCGAACACCCCACUAUUCACCGCAUAUAAGAAGUAUAUCCAAGGGGAGAUCAAGCGUCUGACUCAAUCCGGCCGUACAUUUGGGGCUUUAGUCAUCGAGCCGAUCAUCCUAGGUGCGGGUGGAAUGCUGUUUAUUGAUCCGCUCUUCCAGCGGGCUCUGGUUGAUACCGUCCGCUCUUCCAGCGACCUCUUCGAAACUGGGCAACCGAAAACCUCUAGUGAAUGGACGGGGCUACCAGUCAUUUUCGACGAAGUUUUUACAGGCUUCCAUCGUAUUGGUCCUUUGACCCCAGCCUCAAUGCUGGGAACCAAACCGGACAUAGGUGUUUACGCCAAGAUUCUAACUGGCGGAGUGGUUCCUCUUAGCGCUACACUGGCGACCGACUCCAUCUUUUCGGCAUUCAACUUCCCAGGCGCUAAAAAAAUCGACGCACUUCUUCAUGGUCAUAGUUAUUCUGCACAUCCUGUUGGAUGUGCUGUGGCCACUGCAGCGAUGGACGAAAUCAAAGUAGUCACUCAAGGGCCAGAAUGGAAGAAUGCCAUAAAAAGAUGUUCAAGUGGGUUGUAUGCGUCCAAUGGUCGAAGCGAAGGUGGCGCAUGGACUCUGUGGGAUCCAAAUUUUAUUGAAACCGCUUCAAAAAGCAAGCGGGUUGAACAGGUAAUGGCGUUAGGCACCGUGUUUGCCAUGACGCUGCGUGGUGCAGAAGGGGGAUACCAAGCAACCAUCGCCCAAGAUUUCAUUAGUUUGAUCCAGAACCAGCUAUCUACCGAUAGCGGGGACUACGGCUUACACGCUCGAACUUUAGGAGACGUGGUUUACUUUAUGAGCAGCCUCAAUACAAGGCGCGAAACGCUUAGCGUGAUCGAAAAAGCUGUACUUGUGGCUUUAGAGUAA